AAUACAUUCCAAUCCUUAUCCUUUAGGCCUUUUUGUUUUUGGCAUGCUUCCUCGGACCCGAACGACUCUGCGUUUUGAUCAACCAGGGGAGAAAACGACUUGCCGUUCAGGUGGAAAAGUCACAAAUUCAACUAGCAACAACGCACGUAUCUCUCUCUUCUGUACUCUUAAACCCAAAACCCCCGAAUUUUCUUGUCUUUUCAGCUCAAAAUGAUUCGAUAACAAUGGUUCUCUUCAGAUCCCUAAAAUUAAUUCUCAAUAACAACGAAACCAAGAACAAAGCUCGAACCUUUGUGACCUCAACAACCGCAAUCCCAUUGUGGCCAUCGUACGCUCCUCUCCGCAACAGUUACAGCAACAACACCACCAACAACCACCCACUCUUCAGCACUUCGCCGCUCAGGUUUGUCUCUCCGUUUCGGUUUCAGCGGCGGCCUUGCCCUCUCUUCCUGAGCUGGCCGCCAUGGAAGCUCUCACAGUCCGCCACACCUCUUUACCUCCGCGCAAACGCCGUCGUUUUUCCCAAAGUCCAGAACCCCUUGGAUUUGCUUCGCCGCCGCCGGACCAAUCCCUUGCCGCCGCUCCAUUUGCUCGAUCGGGUUGACCAGAAUCCGGACCGGUCCUCCUCCACUAACAGCCUAUUCGAUAGCUUCGUCAAUACUCCCAAUUUCAUCUCCUUCUCUCGAUUAAUUUCGGGUCCUUUUCUUGGAUGGAUGAUCAUGAAUGAGAUGUAUACUUCAGCAAUGGUCGGGUUGGCAAUAUCUGGUGCCAGUGAUUGGCUGGAUGGAUACGUGGCUAGGAAGAUGAAGAUUGAUUCUGUAGUAGGUUCCUACCUUGAUCCCCUUGCUGACAAGGUUCUUAUUGCUUGUGUCGCUCUUGCAAUGGUGCAUCAAGAUUUACUGCAUCCUGCACUUGUUGGUAUUGUUGUGUUCCGAGAUGUCUUCCUUGUUGGUGGUGCAGUAUAUUUGAGAGCAAGUAGUUUGGGUUGGAAGUGGAAAAGCUGGUCUGAUUUCGUUAACCUUGAUGGGACAUCCCGCCAAAAGAUUGAACCACUCUUUAUAAGCAAGGUGAAUACAGUGCUCCAGUUAGCAUUAGUUGCUGCAGCCCUUCUGCAACCAGAGUUUGGAACCCUAGAAACUCAAUCAUACAUUAGUUAUUUGAGCUAUUUAGUGGCUUCAACAACAAUUGCAUCUUCGGCAUCUUAUGGAGCACAGUAUCUUAGGAGUUCCGUGAUAGUUUCAAAGUCGGUCUAGUUGAUGUUUUGUUGAAGCCAAGGAUCAUGAAGCGUCCUGCACUCUGGUGCUGCAGAGGGAUGAUAGAUGGAACAGAGUGAAUUAUGGUAAUAUUAGGCCGAGUUUGCUUUCACUUUUCAUAGACUGGCUUCUGGGUUAAGGAUACAGUUUCAACAAAGUGGCUGACCAAUGUUCAUCACAAGAAAAUCAACCUCAUUGUCUGGUCUUGAAUUUUUAGCAACUUUUGAUUUUUUCAUUUUUGACUCUCCCGUCCUCUUUUGUUGUAGUGCUAACGUUAUCUGGUGAGGAGACAAUUUAACCAGAGACAGGUGUUAAUAAUUCUACCGUGAAACAUCACUCGCUACAAUUCGACUGUAGACGUGCUAGUUUUCCUAUGAAAAAUAAAGCAAGUAAACCCCUUAUGUUCGGAGCAUGUUUGAAAACAAAAUUUAUAAAUGUAUACUUAUU